AUGGUGCUUUAUGAGUGUUUCCUUGAUAAUUUAAGAGUAAUCAAUGGCUUCGUGAACCUCAUAUCAACAUUGUCAAGGGUUUAUUUGUUUUCGUUUAUUCACAAAAGAGAGAAUUGUUCUUCGAUGGAUUCCAGGGAACUUGGACCUAAAGCUUUGGUGGAUUUCAAAGUGGCUCAUCAUCAUGGAUUUGACAUCGGCGUUAUGGAUUCAACAUUAGGCAAGACAAUUCCGAGGAUGUUAAUGAUUCUGAAUUACUAUUUGGGGGAAAAAGUUGUGGUCUUUUGUGGUGAUUUUCGCCAAAUUCCACCUAUCAUUCCAAAAUGGACAAAGCAUGAUUCCAUUGAUGCUAGCUUAGUGAAUUCUGAAAUAUGGAAGUCCUUGGAAAACAUACCACUAACUCAAAAUAUUUGUGCAAAGAAAUAUGGUUUUUUCAACAGCUUCUUAUUGCGAAUUGGGAAUGGUUCUAAACCAACAAAUGCUACGAAUAAAGUCGAGCUAUCAUCUUCUAUGAUUAUUCCUCAAACAAAGAACUCUAUCAAAGAUUUAACUGAUGUCAUCUUCCUAAAUCUUCAAACAUACUUAACAAAUACUAUUUCAAUGAUAAAUUUUGCUGUGCUAACUCCCAAGAAUGAUUGUGUUGAUGAGGUGAAUAAUUUUUUGAUUGAAACCUUUCCAGGAAAAACAAGAGAAUACAUAAGCAUUAAUAAAACAAUUGAUCCAAAUGAUCAAGACCAAUAUGAAGAUUUCUUAAAUUCUCUCAAUCCAAAUGGCCUUCCAUCUCAUCAUCUACAAUUAAAAUUCAAUUGUCCAAUCAUGGUAUUGAGAAAUAUUGAUCCUUUGCAAGGUGUUUGCAAUGGGACACGUCUCAUUUGUCGUGAUUUUCAAAAUCAUAUCAUUUGUGCAGAAAUUGUAGUUGGAAAUCACAAAGAGAAAAUAGUCUUCAUACCAUAA